AUGACAGCUUAUACCCCUCCUUCGUCGAUUCUCAUAAUCGGCACAGGUUUGUUUUCUCUAAGUACCGCUCUCACUCUCCUGAAGCGACCUGCCUACAAAAACACAACCAUCACCCUCCUUGAUCGCUCUCCAUUUCCUGCCAGGGACGCCUCCUCCGUCGACUCCUCCCGAAUCAUCCGCGCCGACUACUCUGACCCCCUCUAUGCCGAACUUGCAGCCUCCGCUCAGAAGCAAUGGCGCCAAACCGACGAAAAUGAAAUUGGUGGCCAAGGCCGAUACACUGAAAGCGGGUUGUGCUUAACUUGUGACACCUCAUAUGAGAACAGCGGGCAAAGAUACGUACGAGGAAGUCUUUCAAAUAUCCAGCAAUUGAUGAAACAAGACGGAGAUGCAGACGGAAUUCAAGAGUUGCCUUCAAAGGAGGCUAUACAAAAUCUUUUUAGAACGGGUCCGGGAAGUGGAGAAUGGGGAUACAUAAACCGACGAUCAGGAUGGGCUGAUGCAGAAGCCACCUUAGUUUGGCUACGAAAAGAAGUUGAAAAUUUUGCUGAGGGACGUGUUCAAUUUAUCGUCUCGGAAGCAACAUCCCUCAUAUUCUCCCCCGACGAAAGCACCAUCCUCGGGGCCAACACCGCACCCGGCACCCAAUACUUCGCCGACCUCACAAUCCUCGCAGUGGGAGCUUGGAGUGCAAAAUUCCUCGACCUCCGUUCUCAAGUCCACUCUAGCGGGCAAUGCCUUUUGUACAUUGACAUCACAGACGAAGAACAAGAAAAAUACAAAGACAACCCCGUCCUUCUCAACAUGAGCAGCGGCUACUUCAUCAUUCCCCCACGAAAUAACGUUCUAAAAAUAGCACGCCACGCCCACGGAUACUCCAACCCAACCAGUAUCCCUCACCCCCACCCCUCCUCCUCCGGCGAAAUCAUCAGCAUCUCCCUUCCCCGCACAAUCUACGACCACUCCACUAACGCCGUCCCAACAUCCUUCCAAAUCGAAGCCGCCACCGCCCUGCAAACAAUCCUCCCCGAUCUCCCACCUCGUCCUUUCUCCCACACCCGAGUCUGCUGGUACACCGACACGCCCACUGGCGAAUUCCUCAUCACCUACUGCGACAAACCUCAAUCUAGCGGGGGCCUCGGUCUUAAAGGUGUAUUCUUGGCAACUGGUGGGAGUGGGCAUGGAUUUAAAUUCCUACCGAUUCUUGGGGAGAAGAUUGUGGAUGUGAUGGAGGGGAAAGAUGAGGUUUGGGGUAAGAAGUGGGGUUGGAAGGUUACGGGGGAGUGGGAUGGUAUGACGGAUGAUGGGAGCAGGGCGGGGAAGAGGGGGGAGAAACUUUAG